AUGAUAAGAUGGUUGUUGGACGACUUUGGGGAUGCUGAUGAUCUUGUUCGAGCCACUUCCGUCGCCGGGAUUCACCCCUAUAUUCUCCUUUACCAGUGCUUUGUUCUCGAGUUCGCCGUGGAAAUGCAGGCCAUGGCGUGGUUGUCGGCGCUCAUCUACUUGUUUGUGAGUUGUUGAAGGACCUAUUGAGGGUUUGCGCAAAAUUUGAGAUCAUUUGAAAGCUGAUUUUUUGGGCUUUUUUAGGGAUAUACGACCAACUUCAUUGCUGUGUUGGUGGUCACUUUUCUGAUCUUCAUUACAAUGUUUGUUGGCGUCUGCUUGCUGUAUUCACAUGUAAGUUGCAGGUGUUGGACCGCAAAAAAGGGAUUGGGAUCAUUUUUAGGGGUUUUUCGGGCAAAAUUGAGAAGAAGGCGACAUUUUAUACGAAAGAUUUGAAUCUCGUAUUUUACACAUUUUUUGGAUAUUUACUCAAAAAGUAGUAGGGUGUAAUGACGUAAUAGGGCAUUAUUUUUUCAUUUACAGCCAUUUUCCGCCAUUUUUACCUUUUUUAACUUAAAAGGCGACAUUUUAUACGACCCAUUUGAAUCUCGUAUUUUACAUUUUUUUGGAUAUUUACUCAAGAAGUAGCAUGGUUUAAUGACGUAAUAGGGCAUUAUUUUUUUAGUUACAGCCAUUUUCCGCCAUUUUUACCUUGUUUUAACUUAAAAAGCGACAUUUUAUACGAACGAUUUGAACUUCGUAUUUUACAUUUCUAUCGAUAUUUUUUCAAAAAGUAGUGAGGUUCAAUGACAUAAUAGACAUUGUGUUUGCGUCUACAGCUAUUCCCGCUGUCUUGACCUUUUUUAACUCAAAAUGCGAUAUUUUGAACAAAAAAUUUUAAAUUCGUAUUUUACAUUUUUAUCGAUAUUUUUUCAAAAGGUAGUGAGAUUUAAUGACGUAAUAGGACAUCAUCUUUUCAUUUACAGCCAUUUCCCGCCAUUUUUACCUUAUUUUAACCCCAAAAGCGACAUUUUAUACGAACAAUUGUAAACUUCGUAUUUUAUACUAUUUUAUAUUCAGGUAGAAAAAGCAGUUUUGUUAAUGACGUCAUAGGACAUAAUCUUUUCAUUUACAAUCAUUUUCCGCUAUCUUCGCCUUUUUUAACUCCAAUGGCGACAUUUUAUACGAAAAAUUUGACUGAUUUUUGAAAAGUUGUAAUCUCCCAGUAUUUUACAAUUCAAAUCCAAUUUUAUUUUAUUUUUGACCUUAUUGCAGUCUCUUCUUUCUAUUUGCACUAACUUCCCGCCAUUUUCUAAGCUCUACGCCGAAAAGUGACAUUUUAUACGAUGAAACCUGUCCAGCUCCAAAAAUGAUAUUACCGUUUUUUUUAGAGUCUUCAAUUACUUCGGUGGUAUUCGAUUCGAAUAAAGCUGAUCUACAUGGUCCUUUUCUGCUGGGGCUUCGCCGGCGUUCUGUAUUUCGACACCGGAAUCAUCGACCGAAUAAUCUCAAUUGCAAUGAUAAUAAUCGCGAUAAUGUUCGCGUUGGAAGACAAGGCGCUUGUUCAAGUCAUUUACUUCGAAAUGCAUCGAUAUGUCGGGAUAUAA